UCCCCAAGGAUGCCAUGUCAUACUUUCAUUGCGUUUCCAAAAAUAAUUCUAAAAAUGUAACCUUUUUUGAAGUAAAUCUUCACUUUUUAACCUCAAAAUGUGUUGACCCCCACUGACCUUGGCCUCUUAUUCUAGGAUUAGUGCUUCAUCACUUAUCUUUCCACAGUCAAUGGCCUCCAGACUCUUGACUAGGUUCUUUUAAUACCCUUGUAAUCGCCUCUGACUGUGCUGUCGUGAAGGCAGUGGUUUGGAUCUAUACUUGAUUGCUUAAUCUGUUGUUAGAAAAGGUUUACACCGAAAAGGCUCUCACAACACUUCCUGCCCACACAGGUCUAAGCAUGGAUGAGAACCGGAGUAGCUCAAGGCCGGCAUCUUCCCAGUGCCAUUCCCCUCCCGUGGGUCCCUGGAGAAACAUGGUGGAAUAUUUCAAGAAACUUAUCAAGAACUCAGUAUCAACAAAGUUUCGGGCAUGGGUAAAGGACUACUGCAAAAGGAACGGCUUGCUCACCUUAUCAGUGUUAGCAGUAAUGUCAGGCUGUGUGGUGGGAUUCGGGUUGAGAAGUUUGAACUUGUCAACACAGGCAAAAAUCUACUUCUCUUUUCCUGGAGAGCUUCUAAUGAGAAUGCUGAAAAUGUUGAUUCUUCCUCUCAUCACAUCCAGUUUAAUGUCUGGCUUGUCUGCUAUGGACACCAAAGCCAGUGGACGCCUGGGCCUUCUCACCAUCACAUAUUACCUGUGGACUACCUUCAUUGCUGUAAUUGUGGGGAUUAUUCUGGUGCUGAUCAUUCAUCCCGGAACUGGUACUGAGAAAGAGGGACAUAAAGCUGCAGGAGGGCCAGUGAUGACGUCUGCCGAUGCCCUGCUUGAUUUGAUCAGGAACAUGAUUCCAUCCAAUCUGAUUGAAGCCACAUUUCAGCAGUAUAAGACAGAACUUGUUCAAAAUUUAAAAAACAGUGCAAAAUCAUCACAAGCCAACUUUGUGUACAUCAUGCCAGACUAUGAAAACCCCAAGAUGGGUCACCCAGUGUUUCUGGAACUCACUCCUCCUCCUGAAAUCCACUAUAAGAUUGUACCAGGGAAAAGCAAUGGGAUGAAUGUGCUAGGAAUCGUCAUUUUCUCUGCCACUAUGGGUCUUCUGCUUGGUAGAAUGGGAUCCAGAGGUACACCUCUGGUGAAUGUGUGUCUUUGUAUCAAUGAAUGUGUCAUGAAGAUCAUCAAUGCUGCUAUGUGGUACUUCCCAUUUGGAAUCGUAUUUCUGGUUGCUGGGAAAAUCCUGGACAUGCAUGAUCCUGCAGUCCUUGCGGAGAAGCUGGGAAUGUACUUCAUCACUGUCCUGGCGGGGCUGUUCGUGCAUGGGGUGAUUUUGCUGCCGAUGUUCUUCUUCGUGUUUACCAGGAAAAACCCCUUUAGCUAUAUCCGUGGCCUCCUCCAGGCUCUGGUUAUCGCAUUGGCAACUUCAUCCAGUUCAGCUACUCUGCCCAUUACAAUGAAGUGCUUACUGGAAAACUGCCAUGUGGAUCGGAAAAUCGCUCGGUUUGUACUUCCUGUGGGCGCUACUAUCAAUAUGGAUGGCACAGCACUGUAUGAGGCAGUGGCAGCCAUCUUCAUUGCACAAGUCAAUGAGUACGAGCUUGACUUUGGACAACUUGUUACUAUUAGUAUCACAGCUACGGCAGCAAGCAUCGGAGCAGCUGGAAUCCCUCAGGCUGGUCUUGUUACCAUGGUUAUCGUCCUUACCUCCGUGGGUUUGCCUCCAGAUGACAUUUCACUCAUUGUAGCUAUUGACUGGAUCCUGGACCGAUUUCGAACAAUGAUCAACGUGCUUGGAGACGCUUUAGCCGCAGGAAUCAUGGCUCACGUGUGCAGAAAGGACUUUCAGAAAGACAUCCCAUCCACAACCAACACAGAGAGAAGAGAUACUGUGAUAUCUUUUGGAAACCAAAGCGUGCAAAGUUUUCCCACAUCUGAAGUUCCACUACUGGCUAACAGGGACUACAUCUUAGAGGUUGUCGGCGAUCAGGUGAUCGAGAGGCCGACAACCUGUUACAACCUCUGCCAAGUCUAGCUUUGACGGACGAUACCAAGCAGGAACAGAAGCUGCCUUGACUUCACAAAAACCUUCCCCCUUUUCCUCCCCUUUGUUGUACAUUUGUGCCAUUGUCUUUUUACAUCACAGAUGUUACUGUUACCUCAACAGUCGCCUUUGGUGAACUUGAAAAAUGAGGACAUUUGAGUGCUUUUGACACCUUAACUUGGGGGUUUUGUAAAUUACAAAAACAUGCGUGUUUGUUUUUUUUAAUGUUUAUCUUUUAGAAUUGCCUUAAAAUGCAAUAGUUAAUGACAGUACAACUAAAACUAGACCACAAUAAUAAAACCAUGUCCAAACAGGAAACAUUACGCAACUAGUAAGUCGACUGGGGCUCCAAUUAUGGAUCAUCAGUUGCCUUGUCAUAGUGUACGGUGACAACAAAAUGAUUUUUUUUUAAUGACUGUAAGAACAGCAAUGGUGUAUCUCUUCAGUUCUUAUGUUCAGAGCGCACAAUCCCUGUUCAUUUUAAGUGGGAUGGAAUUUAGAUCAUCAUGUUUGUUUAUUUUCUUAAUACAUUUUUUUUUUUUUAAAUUAACCUUGUGUUAUUAGUCUUCAUUACUCAUACUGUAAAAGAACAAGAACUACAAUAUGGUUAGUUUUUAUACCUUCUAAAAGUUGCACCUCCUAUAAUUAAAUUCCCAAAAACCACCUGUAAGAAUCACAAACCAAAAACAUAGCAGCAAUUAUCUGCGGUUCAAGCACUUUAAGGCUUUUAAGCACAUAAAAAGGUAUUAUAUUUUAUUUAGCAAGUUAUUAGCACCACUUAUUGCCUGAUCUCCACCACUUUUUUUGGGGUGUCCUCAGAGUGUGUCCAUAGAUGUGUGUCAAAUUUGGUGAAAAUAUCUCAUUUCGUUUUGAAGUUAUAGACACAUAUAUAUGAGAGCAUUAAAAAAAAAAAAAAAAAAAAAAAAAAGACCCAUGAAGGACUUUGAUUGCAUUUUUUUUGCCACUUCCUAUCAAAAUUGACAUUUGGGCUGAGUUUAGUUAACAAGCUAUGGUUCCAUGUUUCCUAUGGUGGUUUUGUCUCGAUCGGACUAAUGGUUUCGAAGAUAUUCACAAAAGUUGUUUUUUUUUUUGUUUGUUUUUUUUAAAACGCUAAAUCACAAUGUUGCACAAACCAUAAGCCGAAACCUAGCAUGUUUGGUGGUGUUGGACUCAGCGAGGAUUCAGAAGUCUAAGGACAUGACUCCCGUGAAAAUAAGUCGACCACACCCAGUUAUAAGUAUUUGAAAAUGUAAUUUUAAUAAUUUUUUGAAACUUCUCAGGCUCCUUCAGGGCAUCGUGCCAAUGUUCUCAAAAUCAUUGGCUGAUGACAGCCAUGUUUUUCGAUACGCCAAUGUCCUCAUAGACAGCCAUGGCUCCUUGAACCAAGACGCCGCAUGCCAAUUUCCAAGUCAAUCUGACUAACGGUUUCAUAGUUAUAGCUGUUUUCAUGGUUUUUUUUCGUGUUAUAGCACCACCUAGUGGCCAAUCGCCACAAUUAUUAUUUUUUUUUUAUUUUUUAUUUUUUUUACUGUGACCAAAGAUUGAGCCCCCAUGUUCGUUGUUCGGUAAAAAUCUCAUUCCAUUCACAAGUUAUAGCCAUUUAAGUAAAAGUUUUGAUAAUCAGACUCCAGAGAAUCUUUCUGCACUGGUUUGGUUCCAAUCGGGCAAAAAACCUAGGACUAGUUCGCAAAAGUAGGUUUUGGACAAAAUUCAAAAUUGCAAAAAAUUCAUACCGGAAAAGAAAUCAGAGAUAUAUACACGUUUUGUCCUUCUUGAGCCAAGGAUUCCAACGGUAUAAGAUAAGCGGUCUAGGAGUUAUAAGCAAUUCUGCGUAUUUCAUUGCUGUAGCGCCCCCUAUUGACCAAUUGGGCUAUGCACUUGAACUGCCUAAAAUGGAAACAUUUUCCAAAAAUUACACUUCUAUAUCUAAUCAAGUUCACUAAUACCAAGACACAAAUUUUCAGAUUUUGCAAUGAUGCCCGAUAUUUUAUUUCACAACUACAUGUUAGACAGUAGCUCAUAACAGAUGUUCACUGUAGAACCAAAAAGUAUUUAAAAUAAAAAAAAAUUAAGACACUCAUCAAUAUCAACACAUAAAACCAUACACAAUAAGCUAUAUAAAUAAUUCCACCAUUCAAUAAUCUUCCAGUAUAUUCUACAUAAAUUAAGGCUUAAAACGAGCAACCAUCCAGUAAAUUCUACUUGAUAUUUCUUACAACUGGCAUCUCAGUUGACUCUAAAACAUUGGGCGAUUUUAAUUUUUUAAACAUCAGGAUAUCAAAAAAGAUGGACAGGGAAACGGUUGCUAUAAUAAUUACUACUAAUCAUUACGAAUCACUUUUUCAAUAUUGCACAUAUGCCAAAACGUGCACAAAAAGAGAAUGCCAAGUGUUUCAUAUAAAUUACGUGUAACCAACAGUGGCUGUAAAGCUGCUAAGAGGUUCACAUGAACCAUGAAGUAACAGAAGAUGCAAGUAUAGUAAACUGCUGCUUAUUACAAACCUGACGAAAUACAGUGAGUUACUGUACAAAAACAUUUAGGAUUAGGAUUACUGUCAGUCACCAAUAAUAUAAAUAUAUGCACACACACACAAUACCAACCUUAAGUCUUGUAGCAGAGGGAGCCUAAGAACUGUCUGUGCUGAAAAUGAUCAAUAUCUACACAAGAGGGUAAUUCAUGGCUUGUCUAACUACAGAUGAACCUAUGUGGGGGUUUUACAAACUAAUAUUUGGAAGACCUCCAAAGGAGCAUGACUGUACAAUUGUGAGAUUGAGUUUCUUUCAGUUUCUAUCUUCCCCACCGCUCAAUGAACUACAGCUGAAAACCACUGGAAAAUGUUGAAUAUGAACCACUGAGAAAGGCAAAAUAAAUGGCACUCCAUUGGCCAAAUCAAACAAGCCAACCAUUGUCAGAUUGUAUAUUUACGAUUUGGUCCGAUGCCUGAAAAACAAAUACUAGAGAUCUCAUACUUAAAAUUAAAACCAUGAAAUGUGGAAAUUUAGUAUUUCUAAUGAGGUCUGUAUGGACUAAAGACCUAUUCACACCAAGAACGAUAACUAUAAAGCCCAGGGUAUACUUCGUUUUUUUACGCGUAUGCUAGUAUAUGCGCAGUCGAACGCGCAGCCUUGCAAAGUAUACUUCAUUUGACUCGUACGCAUACACAGGCGUUCGACGCAUGCGCAGUUUUGAGCAAUCAUUCGCCACGAGUUACAGCCCAUGUAAACAUCUUUGUAUUCUUUCAUGCUAGAGUUGUACAAAUGAGGGUACUUUCUAACCUCUUCACACAAUCUCUCGUCUAUGUAGGCCCCCAUCGCUGUAGCUUGCAUGCAUUCCUGUCUGUUCUGUUCAUGCAGUUUUUUCUUAACUACCUUGUGAUAGCGGUCUAACAAUAUAUCGUGUCACCAUAUCGCAAUACAAAAAAAAUGCAACAUGUAUCAUGAAUAGUGACAAUAUGUAUUGUGUAUAUACACCCAAAAUGAAAAUUACUGUGUGAGAAAAAAAUUCAAGUUUAUAGAGUUUUAGUGUCAGUACUACUUUGAACUAUUAUAUAUAAUGUUGAAUAUAUUAUAUAAUAAUGCAAUGGGGGAAUAUUUGUGGGUCCUGAUAAUGCCAAAUGUGUUGUUACACCAGUAAAAAGUAGCCUACAUUAAUUUAAAUAUAUCUAGUCAAUGACAGAGUGCAAGCAUAUUCGUAUUUUUCCGUAUUUUCGGCUUCAGAAACGUGAAUAUUUUUAUUCUGGUAUCAACAUUGUUACCAGCAGCAGGUCUAAGCUUAUUCAUUUCCACUCCAAUGUAAUAACAAAUUUAGCAUUUUAAAUCAACAGUACAUUUUUUUGUUAAACUCUUACCAUGUCUUGAAGUAUCACAAUAAUAUCGUAUCGUGAUAUGUAUCGAAUCAUGAAAUGAAGGUAUCGUUACAUCCCUACCUUCUAAAGAAUGAUAAAACCACUGACAGCCAAUCAGAAUCUACCCGAAUUUAAAGAGCUCGAGCGUUUAAAGCGGCAGACGACAAAACCGCAGCACAUGUUUAGAAUAAACAACGUUAUCGUCCGCUGGUGUGGACGCUAAUAUAGUUAUUUUUGGUGUGAACGGGCCUUGAAUACUCAGCUGUCUGCAUCUGUAAGUAUGUCUUGAGUUGACUAUUAAUGGAUAAAAUGAAAGAACUAAGUAAAAGAUAAAAUAAAGAAACAAAACAAAAAGUUGAGCAAAACAAAAUAAAAUUUAAUGAUUGUAAAUGCCAUGUGAAACAAAAUGAAAGGUUUCAAAAGUAAACACAAAAGCAAAAAAAGAAAAAAAGAAAAAAGAAAAAGAACAGAACACAAAUAUCACAAGGCAGUCUUAAAAAGCAUAUGCAUUAGUACUGGAUAUCCAUUUUCAAAUAAACAAACUAAACUUGAAGUAUGUAUUAGCCUAGAGAAACAAAAACAAAAGAAAACGCAAACCAUAAACAAGAUGCUGAUGCUCAAAUGUGAUUACAUUUUACAUAAAUACUCAGUACCUAGUAUUCAGAUGUCCAAAUAUUUUUGGAAUAUUAGGGAUGUGCAACCUGCACCUCUGUCUGGGGAAAACUAAACCUUCCAUUCAUGUCUUUGGUCCUUCUAAGUUAUCAGUCUUUUCAGGAGGGUCCCUUACAAAAGAUUAACAAGUUAGUUAAAGAUUUUCCCCUCAUUUCCUUUGCCAUUACCUGUUCUUUUCUAAGGAGCACUCAGCAUGCUGGAUUUAAAACUCAGACUUUAAUAAACAAAUGAACUGUUGUGCGAUGGGUAAUGAGAUUCCUGCCAAACCAAAAAGUGCUACAUUAUUGUGGGCAAAGUGGAAAAAUGACAUCAAAUUAAGGCAUCGUAAAUACUGAAGAGCUAUGUAGGAUGUAGAUACUGACAAAAGAAAGACAAAAAUCAGAGUUUUAAAU